UCAUAAUACGUAAUCAAGAUUUUGUUUUAUUUUAUUUUAUUUUAUUUGGACUUGGGAAAAAGCUCUCACCUUGUGAAAUGGCGGCCAUGGCUGCCACUUCUUCUGCUGGUGUUUACUCAGUGCAUGCACUUUUGGUGCGGCCUCCAAGGACGAUAGCAAGAAUGGGUUAUCAUUUCAUACCCAAAUGGUCCUUCUCCAAAUUGGGUUUUAAUCCUAUGAAGCUUCAGAGCACUCUGCCUGCAAGGAAGCUUGUAGUUCGAGCUGCUAGAACCGAGUCCAAAGGAGUCUCCUUGGGCUUCAGAGCUCCUGAAUUCCAGCUUCCGGAGCCUCUUACCGGUAAAGUUUGGAAAUUAGAAGAUUUUGAAUCAUAUCCUGCUUUAUUGGUUAUGUUUAUUUGCAACCAUUGCCCAUUUGUUAAGCACCUGAAGAAAGAUAUCGUGAAGCUUACUACUUUCUAUAUGAAGAAAGGACUUGCAGUUGUUGCGAUAUCUUCAAAUUCUGUGUUGACACACCCACAGGAUGGACCACAAUUCAUGGCAGAAGAUGCUAAACUUUUUAACUAUCCAUUCCCAUAUCUUUAUGAUGAGUCACAGGAUGUUGCAAAAGAUUUUGGAGCACAUUGUACGCCUGAGUUUUUCCUGUUUAAAAAGGAUGGUCGGAGGCCAUUUGAGCUGGUGUACCAUGGACAAUUUGACGAUUCAAGACCAAGUAAUAAUGUGCGCAUAACUGGAAGGGACUUAAGCCUUGCUAUAGAUUCUGUUCUUAGUGGCCAACCGGUAUCAAUGGUUCAGAAACCGAGCGUUGGAUGCAGCAUAAAGUGGCACCCUGAGAGAAAAUUGUAAUAUGUAAGCCUUUGUUGCAACUUUCUUGAGGUCAAGAACCGUGAGUGCAGUUUUUCUUCAAGAUGUUACAUGUUGGUCUUGUACUGGCCAUUAGCCAUUUUAUAUUGGAAUGUAAAAUAUAUUUUUCUUGAUGUACUGUUUACCUUAAUCUCUCCACUACUCUUACUGAUUAAAUUGGAUUUGUGAAAGCACAAAAGACAAGGAAAAUGAUGUAAAAUCUGAUUCUUUUGGUUCACUGAUUUUGUAAUAUAGUAUUUAUUUAUGUAAUAAAGUAAAUUGUAUUGCGAUA